AUCCUGCAUCCUCCAACCACUUUCACAAAUCAGCUUUCAGGAUUCUGCUUAUGGAAAAAAUGAGGCAAAAUAGGGAAAAUGGACGGAGGGUGCUGCAGUGGAUAUUAAAUAGCAGAGACAGCCCUCAUGAUAAUUCUCCCGUAUCUAUCAGUCACCGUCACCAUGAGCGCACGGCAGCCACUUCCUACGAGCGGCCCUACUCGCAGCAAAGCCGACCCUUCAACUAUUAUUGCUAGAGCAAAAGCCAAUGGCUAUGUUCAAAACGAUCAUGCAGAGGCUGACAAGGAGACUGGAGUUAAAACGGCCUCAGAAGGGAACCUUCAACAGCAACAAUAUAUCUUGAAAACCUAUGUCAUCUGGCAAUGGAGCAAAAGUGGCAAACAAUGGAUAGUCGAGGAAUGCGAACGCUCUGUCCUUGCCAAGGGCAGCGAGCUCCCUGAGCUUCACGAAUUGAAGGAUUUCUGGCGGUUUUUUAUAAACCAGUCAAAGGGUCUACUUGGUGAAGGACCGACGCCUGUCUCGCUCAGAACCUCUGCAAAACGCCUCAAGGCUGGACUUAAGCGUCUUACCGGGGCUGAACUCAGCGACGAUGCUACAGCCGAGAUUAACCACUGGCUUAGGUGGGUUAUACCAUAUGAACCGGAAUCCAGGGUUGCACCCAUUGAGAGGCCGAAGUAUCUCUUCAAACGUGAGGAUCUUGAUCGUAACCUCCGAUCACUGUACAGUCGGGCGGAUCUCAAUAUACCUCAUGAGCGAAUCAGGUACAAUGUCCACUUCAUACUCUUGGACUUUUGCACCAGUGGUGGCCGCAAGGGCCACUUCUUUAAAGGCGGCAGACGCUACGAGCAUUACAAAUUAGUGCUACGGCGAACAGCCGAGGGCCCAACUUUCUCUUACGCUGUCGAUCAACGUGGCGUGAAAGGAAAUCGAGAUGCAGAACACAAAGGAUACGGAUACACUCGCCAAGAGCAUUCUAUACUUCGGUACAACGCUCCGUGGCUUCUUAUUCAAUUUGCUAUUGCGGAUAGAGCGUUGGAUGCCGACCAUCUACUCCGUGUCCUAAAUGGAAAUGGAGACGGAACAAUCAACUGGAUACCAAACAGCGAGACACUGCCAGUAUGCCCUGGCGUGGAUCGCCAAGGAAAUCUCACGAAAAAACCCAUGACGUCAGAUGUCUUUGAUGCGAAUUUUAAAAUGCUGUUCGCUGCGGAGUAUAAAUCGGCGCGAGCAAGCAUUCACCAAAUUCGACGGGAGGUUGGUAAAAUGAUUGAUAAAUACUACACUGAAACACAACGAUCUCAGCAUCUGGUGCAAAGUGACCCAACCGUCUUUGGACAGAGCUAUGUUGCGCGCAUCUCAUCUUGUGACGGGUUUGUAGCUUUUCUUGGCGAGAAACCAAAUCACGAUGCAGCUGAUUAUUUCCAAGGUAUGGGGCAAUUCUGGCAGCCUGGCAUGCCAGUCAAACUCCCCGCGUCGUUGCGUCAGGAGGUGAGACUGAGUUCGGAACUGGUCGACAUUGCGGAAAAGAUGAAGUGUUGCACUGGAGAUGAGCUGGCAUUGUUGAAGCGCGAUCAAAGGAAUACCACAGUCAGAUUGGAGAGAGCAGCCCUGCUUUCAUAUCGAGAGGACUGCUUUAAAAGGCUACAACAGGAAAAGUUACUCCACGGUCAGGCACCAACACAAGACGAACCAGAUCCCUUGAGAGAUGUCUUACCUGAGCGAGGUCGAAUUGCAGAUGCAAUGCAGAGCGACCAGCUAUUCGAUCGAAGAUCGCUCGGACAACUAUCGGACGAUAUGCAAGUUGUACUCCGGGAAUCGGGUGCAGUGUUUUACCGCCCCAAUGAGAGCCCCGUUUGCGGCAGGUGUAGCAACUGCAACACCGACAUUGAAGGACUUCCAAAACGCGAACGAUGUGACCAUAUCCAUCGCUGCCGAAGACAGGACGUGGCCAAAACGCUUGACGUGCUCCCAUAUAGUCUGCGGUUCUGCUACUUCUGUUUCGAGUUUUAUACAGAGAGUGAGUGGGAACGAGACUGUCAGCGUCAUAUAUCCUUAAGAUUCAAGCGAUGUGGUGUAUUCACGCAUCGUAGCACGCUCGUUCGACCUGCCUUUUGUCUUGUCUGCAAGCAGUCAGCGGCGUUAUCCGCCAGCCAGCGACUCCAGUACUGGCGCAGAGAUUGCGAUGCUAUCGCUCAUAUUGAAAAUGCUCAUGGCUGGACAUGGUAUUGUGCUGAGUGCGACUUUUCUUCCCAGGAUCAACAAUCCGGCUUAUACCACUUGGCAGACCAUCAUGGAUACAGAGUAUCGACAUCGCCUGGGACCAUGGAAACAAGUCCUAAAGAUGAAGAGACCACUGGCAUUAUUCAAACUAUCAAGGACGAACCAUCCUCGGCUGUCAUUACUAAGCCACCACUACUACUCAAGCAGUCCGAAACCGAGGUUGAACUCCACAGCAUGGCGCUAGCCAAAUACGAUCCUGUGAGUGAACCACCACCAGCCCGAGAUCGAUAAGCUCAUGGAGGAGCUCAUCGAGUUUCCACCUUCACGGGGCUCGUCACCUUGCCCGUCACUUUCGUUCUCAGAGCCAUCCAUCAAAGCAAGUGCUGAGCCAAGCUGUUCUGAGUCACCCUCGUCUAUUAGUACCGAUGCCGUUCCAAAAAGCAUUGAGGAUUCAGCAUAUGAGUUACCUUGCGACGCUGGCGAGUUUCUCACUUGUGGAAACCCGCGCAUUAAGCUCACGCUGCAUCCAACAAAGAUGUCUGAGAUGCACAACCCGAUUCGGAUUAAGUUGAAGCGGUCAGCAGUACAUGGAAAUAUCGGAGGCGUGGACCAUAGUAGGAAGACUAAGCGACCGCGAAUUAUACUUCGUGUUCGGUAAUUCGUCAGACCAGUGCGGAUCUGGCGCUGGACAUUAGAAAACCGAAUCGAGCACUGCACUGAAGUAGGAGCUGUUUCGGUAUGGAUAGCAAGGAAUAUUAUAUUUAUUUAUUUAUUUUUACAUAUAUUAGUUAUGCUAAAAACCAAAGUGGUGUCAUAAUCAUUCUUGCUUAAUAAGUUAAAGUUCGUCAAUAACCAG